AUGUCUAUCAUCUCAUCAUUGAACUUCCACAAUAUCCUCCUCAACACCACGCAAAGGCACGAUACCCUCAGAACUUUCUUGACACGUCUCCCAUGUUGGUGUGGGAAUUUUUUUCAAGUCACUCCGUCACGUCUUGAUGAACCAGUCCUUUCCUAUACACCAGCACCUUUGCUAGUGGCUUUGAACAUCAAGGGCCAUGCCAAGAUAGAUGCAAGCAGAGAGAAAGAAGCUAUGUGCGGCUAUGAGACGCCAGAGCCGAUCCCUAAUUCGAAGGUCAGUCAGAAUUGUUCACGAUCAAGCUUCCAUCAGAGACUAACAGGUCUAAACAGAAGUCCAAGACUAUGGGCAGCGAAGACUUUCCCUACGAACAAGUCAAAAAGAAUCUAUCCCUCAGAUCUUCGCACUAGGUCGUCCUGGGGUCAAAUCACAGCACUUCAAACCUCAAGCCAAACGACUCUGCAUUUCGCCCGACAAACGAUUGAGUGCAUCAGAGAGCGACAGCUACCAAUCGCACCUGUGGAGACCCACGAGCUCUUGGUACCGCAUGGAAACCUCAGAUCUGACAAUUUACAGCGAGAAAAAUAUUGAACGAGGAUGGAGGAACCUCAACCCCUGGGAGAAGGGGGAGCUAGAUCUCAAUGUUGAUAUGUUGCCCACCCGAGAGCAGAUUUUGAAGAUCAAGGAGAUGCUUGAGGUUAAGAACAAGAAGAAGGGAGACAUGGUUUGUGGCGUCCGAGUAACCAUCGCAAGUUAUCCUGCCCCUCGAUCUGUUAUAAUAUUCUAACCAACUGCCAGUUUUGAAAAUUGAGGUACAAUGAGACCUCAUUGUAGAUUACCCCUUCAAGAACGAGCACUCUCAUCGUGCAUACCUUUCUUGAAAAGAACUGCGUGGUCCUGUUGGCGGUCGAAGCUUCCCUUACGGCACCCGUCAAAAUUCUUCUCCUAGCCAACGACCCCGUCCUGCAGAAGCACCAAGUCAACAAGCGAAUUAUCAGAGUGGCUAUCUGA